AAUUGGAUUCUUGUGGCGAUAGCUUGCAGACAGAUUGACAUUCUUUGGCGAAGCGAGACAAGAUUAACAAGAUAGAGAUUCGAAGAGCUAGAGAUAAAGAAACGAGCGUAGCGAUGCAGAAGGAGACUUUAACUGCACUAUUUGUGCUAACCUUAGCGCUUGGAGGUAUCCAUGGCCAGACUUGCAGUGAAACUUUCGAUCUGACUGAUGAUCUUUCUAUAAAUGCUUCACUGGCUACCUCCUGCAUACGAUGCUUUGUAGGUGGACAGUUCAUAACUGAUGUGCAGUGGAUUGCUGACCCUAGUAUAGUUAUUACUGACGCAACAAAUGGAGUAUCUGUUACUUCAAUGCCUGGUGUCUUGGUAGUCACUGAUGCUGAUGCUUUCUUUAAUAGUCUGGGGAUACCGGUCAGACUUCAAUGCGGCGGUGGGGUUGAUGACAUUUACCCAGCUGGCCUUUUUGCACCGAUUGUUAGUAUCCCAGAUAAUGGGAUAGUCCUUGAGGGAGAUAAUAUAAGGCUCACCUGUGUCUCGACCAACAACCGACCAGGGACAUUCCGGAUUGAGUGGUACAAUCCAGCCGGGGGGGAACCAUUUUCCAUAUUUCCAGCACCACAGCUAACGAACGUACAAAGAGACCAAGCUGGAGAUUAUACUUGUCGACUGACUAGCAGUCAAAAUGAAGAUUUUCUUGAAGGCUCUGGAACUUUGAUCGUUAACUAUAUGCCCAGUAUAGCGUCUAGUAAUCCAGCCUCUAACAUGGUCUUCAUAACUGGAACCAUAUCUCUCUCCUGUAUCUCUGACUCUGUCCCAGUCUCUGUUAUAACCUGGUUCCAUGAAGGGUCACUUCUGACUAAUGGCGCUGGUGGAGCUAUCAUUAACUCUGCUGGUGGAUUGUCCACUCUAAUGAGGUCAGGACUGACUACAACCAGCGGCGGUACUUACACUUGUGUCGCAACAAAUGAAGUUGGUUCUGCAAAUGCCAGUGUGGAAGUUAUCAUUCAAGUCCCCCCUUCUCCCCCCACUAACCUGAUGGUCUCCAAUAUUGGAGAGACCAGUCUGGACCUCUCCUGGACUAACGGACUCAACGGGCUGAGCCCUAUCACCGGGGUCACAGUGGAAGUAUUCGAUGGAAUAGUACGAGUUAGAGAGAUACCUCUCACUGGCGACAGUUCUCUACAAUCAACCCAGAUUCUUGGUCUAAAUGAAUUUACACUCUUCAAUAUUACAGUGACAGUUAACAAUGCUGUUGGCUCUAGUGAAUCUGCUAUGAUAUCAGCCAUGACUCUCUCCCUAAGGCUUGGUGCUCCUCGUAUGGUUACACUGACCAGUCCCACGUCUACAACCCUCGUUGCAGAGUGGCUGCCUCCUGUUCCCAGUGUUGCUACAACCUCUUCACCUGAAGCUUGGUUUGUCAGCCUCCGAGAUAGCAACAAUGUUGACCUUGGCACAGACAUAGUGUCCGAGCCCACCACCCUCACAUAUACGUUCACUGAACUGGAAAAAGGGUCAGAGUACAGCGUUCAGGUUGCCGGGAACAACUCCCGGGGGAUCGGAGUUUUUUCAGACUUUGUGACUAAUUCAACGAUAGUGGAUCCUCCUUCAAUGCCUCUUAACCUGACUGGCGAGGGUGUGAGUGCCAUUGGUCUCAGUUUCUCCUGGCUGCUACCGACUGAUAAUGGUGGUCGCCCAGUCACUCAGUACAUCAUGCGCUAUAGAGUAGUAGGAGCAUCAACAUUCAGCGAGAUUCCUCUGACAAAGACCUCUCUGUUUCUCUUCAAUGGUGGGACCCCCAGUCCACCAGUCGACCUUGUGGGCAGUACUUCUUAUGAAGUUGAGGUGUUGGCUGUGAACACGGCUGGUAGAGGAGAUGCUGCCACCAUCACCAUCAUGACCCAGUCACUGGAUGUGCCACAACCGAUUUUAUUCGCUCCCACCGUGGACCAAAUAUCCAAUCAAACGGCUCUAAUUUCCUGGAUGUUUCCCGGGGGUCAGGUGGACGAAUACCUCAUACAAUACAAAGAGCGUCUCAAUGAUUGGACCACUCCUAGCGACAUUCUCACGAGGACUGUGAACGGCAAUAUCACCAUGGUGAUGUUGAUGGAUCUAAUACCAAGUGCUUCGUAUGACGUGCGUGUUGCAUCUGUCAAUGCGAUGGGAACAUCUCCGUUCUUCUUUCAGGGAGAAUUUUCCACACAACCACCCUCACCGCCCACUGUCGCCGGUCCUCCCGGACAAGUCUUUGCUGGUGAAACAACACAACUCAACUGUUCCUCGAGUGUCAGUAACGUCCUUACUCUACGCUGGGGGCGUGUUGGUCGACUCAGUCUGCCCCCGUCUGCCACUCAAGUUGGCAAUAACCUUGUCUUCACCAACCCACUAUCUACGGACACAGGGACCUACUCUUGCAUUUUAGCCCCUGGCGUGAGCGCAAACAUCACCAUCAGCUUCCGAACACAACCUACAAAACCACCUCCUGUGAUCAGCGAGACGUUGAUAAUUGUGCUGAGUGUGCUCGGGGGUGUGGCAGUCAUCAUAUUCCUCCUCGUGCUAGUGCUGGCGUGUUACUGCACUUGCUGUUCCAAGAGCUCCCACCAGUCGUCCAGUUACAGUGAGGAAUAUGUGAAAUCAAAGGCCAAGAGUGGCGGUGGUAAGAAGACUGCAGGUGGUCGUAUGAAGGGAAAGGGAAAACGAGGAAUGACUUGGAUUGAGACAUCCACAAAGUUCGUACCUAAAACCCACAGCAGGAAACAACAGGCCGAGGAGCCGUCUCCAUUUGAUAUGCCGGAUGAUCUCACGACUCAUUCGUCAUUCAAUACGCUGGAGAAACAGAACAGGAUUCGCCAAAACGCUGACCCCAGCGACCCCCCACCCAACUACGGGAACAGCAACGUAUAGCCCCCCCACAUGACCUCUCUCUAGUGUGUGUGAUUUUAACUCAGUAGUUUUAUCGAUUGCCGUACACCAUGCAUAUUAUUAUCUCUCUUUUAUAUAUUAUAUUAAUUAUAGAGCAAGAGUAAACGAGAUCCUAUCUAUCUACUCUUGAUAACAGCUUACACAGUAUAGUAGGGAUUUUAUCUUCUGUUUUUUUAAGCUCUUGUACUUGUGAAUAUUUGCUCUGUACUGUGUGUUCCGAUGAGUUCUAUAUUAUGAAGUCACAGUUAUUUCUUAU